AUGGCUUCUGAAGCGUCGGUUGAUGCGGGGGCGCCCAACCUCAACCUCACCCCGGAGGAGAAGCGGGUAUACGGGCAGUUAUUUCGACAGGCCGAUACCGAUAAUGUGGGCGUCGUAACGGGCGAGGUCGCUGUCAAGUUCUUCGAGAAGACGAGAUUAGACUCGAGGGUGCUGGGAGAGGUCACACAAUACUCGGGCUUGUUCGAGCGCCAAUCCCUUCAAAAUGGUAGCAUGCUCCCGGGCGAGGCGGCCAAGCAGAUCUUUGAGAAAUCGGGUCUCCCGAACGAUGUCUUGGGCCGCAUCUGGAUGCUUGCCGACACGGAGCAGCGUGGUGCCUUAGUGCAGACCGAAUUCGUCAUCGCGAUGCAUCUGCUCACAUCUGUCAAGACUGGCUCGCUACGCGGGCUGCCCAACAUCCUUCCUGCCGCCCUUUACGAGGCCGCCACGCGCCGUGGCCCGGCUGGCGCCAGCAUCCAGAGGCAACAGUCCCCGACCACCAACGCGCCGCCCAUUUCGGCCGUUCCGAGGCAGCUUACUGGGCAAGGGCCCGUCCCACAAAUGCGAACGGGCAGCCCCCUCGGGCGUCCGCCGAUCGUAGCGCAGACGACGGGAGAAUGGCUGGUUACGCCGGCCGACAAGACGAGGUUUGAUCAGCUAUACGAGGAAUUGGACAAGACGAAAAAGGGCUUUAUCACAGGCGAGGAAGCAGUGCCGUUCUUUAGUCAGUCGAAUCUCUCGGAGGAUGCACUCGCUCAGAUUUGGGAUCUCUCAGACAUCAACUCGGAAGGUCGCUUGACAAGGGACGAGUUCGCUGUCGCCAUGUACCUCAUCAGGCAGCAGAGGACCAAGCGCGAUGGCUCGGCCUUGCCUGCUACCUUACCCUCUAACCUUGUUCCUCCAAGCAUGCGGACCCAGCAGGCUCGUCCACAAACGGCCACCUCGGCGUUCGAACCUCCGCCGCGACCGCAACCACCGCAACCCAAGCCUUCUGCGAUGGAUGACCUGUUCGGCUUGGAUGAUAUCCACCCUCCUGCCCCGCCACAGGUCCCCGUCGGCACGGGUGGAUCUGCUGGCGAUCCGUUUGCAACUAGUAUUAGCCCGCACGCCCCGUCCUCGCCUGCUAGGCCCUCGCCUUCGGCAUCAACCUUUAAGCCGUUUGUUCCGUCAUCCUCGUUCGGGCGCGGCCUUACCACUCAUGUUACCGGAGGCUCCAACACGUCGGCCAGUGCCAAGCCCGCUACCGUGGAAGACGACCUCCUAGGCGACACCGAGCCGGAAGUGAGCAAGAACCUGACGAACGAGACUACGGAGCUUGCAAACUUGUCGAACCAAAUUGGCUCCCUCACCAAGCAGGUACAGGAUGUGCAGGGCCAGCGCACAGCCAACCAGAAUGAGCUGAGCCAGUCCAGCGCCCAGAAGAAGAACUUUGAGCAGCGCCUAGCGCAGCUUCGCGCCAUGUACGAAAAGGAGGCCCAGGACGUCCGCGCCCUGGAGACGCAACUCACGACAUCGAAGAACGAGACCAAAAAGCUGCAGGCCGAGUAUGCCAUGAUUGAUGCCAGCUAUCAGGACCUCCAGAACCAACAUCGACAAGUCGUCACGGCGCUCCAAGCGGACCAGCAAGAAAAUGCCAACCUUAAGGAGAAGAUCCGAACCAUGAACGCCGAGAUUGCGCAGCUGAAGCCGCAGAUCGAGAAGCUCAAGUCUGAGGCGCGCCAACAAAAGGGGCUCGUUGCGAUUAAUAAGAAGCAGCUGGCCACCAAUGAAGGCGAGCGGGACAAGCUGAAGAACGAAGCCGAGGAUCUCACUAAGAGCAACGAGGAACUAGCUCGGCAGAUCAGCUCUAGCAACUCGCCACCUCCGGCCCAGGUCGCCAGCCCCGCGCUGUCCACUGCGAGCGCUAAUAACCCUUUCUUCAGGCGGACUGGCAGCACUGACAUCACCUCGACCUUCUCCCCGCCCAUUAGGUCGUUCACUGACAAGGCUUUUGACGAUGUCUUUGGCCCUGGCCCUGCCCGUCCUGGUAGCCAGGCAGGCACGCCACCUCCGCCCGCGGCGGCUGCCAUGUUCAAGCAGAACACAGGCACCUCCACCGGUAGCGUCGGCUCGUUUGCCACGCCUGCGUCGGCCAGCCCGAAUGCUAAUCGCCAGCCGACCGUCACCGCUGAGCCUACAUCGCUGGCGGAGGCUGGGCGCAGCAACUCUGGCUUCCCGCAGUACGUUGAUGCCGCGGAGUCGCUGAGCACAUCCCGCCAAGUUUCGCCGCCGCUGAGCCGAACCGAGACCAACCAGGAGGGCACCGCCUCUCCCCUAGAGCCAGCGAAGACCGGGCAGAGCUUCGCUUCGGGUUCCGGGUCCAGGCCUGCCUCUCCCGUAUCGGCCGCCGAAGCUAAGCCCGCGUUCGGCUCCAUCUCAGAGGAGUCGAACAAGCCCCCCGCGUCCGGUGCCGAGGGUGACCCGUUCGCUGCCGAUCAGGACAAGGCGAAGGAGGACUUUGAGUCCGCGUUUGCCAGCUUUAAGCAGGCCAGGGCCGCGACGACCUCGAGCGCUGACACUGCCAAACCUUUCACCGCCUUUAACAGCGAGUUCCCUCCCAUUUCAGAGCUCGAGCGGGACGAUGAGUCUGAGACGGAGAGUGAGCGCGGCGGUUUUGAUGAUGACUUUGCUCCCGCGUCGCCACCGGCCAAGCCGGUUGAGAAGAGCAUCGAGUCGAGGUCCGCGUCUCCUGCCGUGUUCAAGACCGCGCCCGAUGCAGGCGCCGGGGUUGCUUCUCCCGCUUCCCCUGAGCCGGUUGCGAGCGACAAACCUGUUCCCGCCGCUUCGCCGUCCGCCGAUCUUAGCAACCUCAGCUCCUCCAACAUCAACGACAUCUUUGGCUCCUCCAACGCGGCUCACCAGCCCACCGCCGCCACUGCCAGCAAUGCUAGCCGCCCCACAACGGCUGCCACGGCUUCCAAGGCCCCCUUCGACGACCUCGAGGACGACUUUGAAGGCCUGGAGGAUGCCAAGGAGGGCUCCGCCGACGACGACUUCGCCACCAUCUCGCGCUCGGGUCUCGACGACUUUAACCCCGUCUUCGACAGCAGCCCGCCCCCGAGCCAGGCUAAGAGCGACUCGGCGCAUCCGGGCGGCGGCGUUACCUCGUUCGGCACGGAGAGCAGUUUCGAUUUCGGCUCGCUCUCGGGCACGUCUGCCGCGGGCAGCACCGCCGGGCCGCCGCCGCCCAACGUGUCCUUCCCGAGCACUAGCGGGGGCAACACGCAGGCCAAGCCACCUGCCACGUCGCAGCCGCAGGGCCAGGCGGCCGAAUCACACGAUUGGGACGCGCUGUUUGCGGGCCUGGACUCGGCCACCCCGACCGCUUCAUCGCAUACCCUCGCUACCAGCACCAAUGGGCCUGAUGCGGCGGGGGACGGUAAUGGAAACGGGGAGGCCGGCGCGGCCACGGGUGCUGGCGGAGAUAACAGCCGGCCCGCUGCCCCGGGCAGGGCUCUUACGGAGGAGGGUGAGCACGACGACCCGAUUCUGAAGAACCUGACCGGUAUGGGCUACUCGCGCGGUGAUGCGCUGGCCGCGCUGGAGAAGUACGAUUACAACCUGGAGAGGCGAGUGGUGGGCGAUGUUGUUGAGUGA